GGCACGAAGCGCAUUCGAUGCAGUGGCUACGUUUCUCGCUGCAGCUUGUUCGUUUAUAACGCGACGGCAGGAAAACACUGUAAUCAAGCUAUCUCAAUUUUCAUUAAUUUAAUUUGUGUUAGAUCGCAAACUAAAUAGUGAUAUCGUGAGUACAAAUUCGUUUUUCGGCAUAGAAUAUCUCGGAUCGUUUAAUAAUUAUUUGAUAUGAUCAACGACAGCACGCUGCGAAUAAAAGAUUUGACCUUUUGAGGAGAAUCCAAGCACGAUUGUUUAGACUUUGUAGCAGAAUCUAAAAAAAGUUGGGUAUGUUCGAAUAAGACACAGCUGAGAAAAAUGUACCGAAAGAUGUCAAAUUUUACAUAGAAAACAUAAUGUGUAGUGCCACCCUUAAGUAAACCGUGAAACACGAAUAACUAUACGAGCAGUAACGAAAGCUUAUCUCUGGAAAGUAAAGGUUGAUUUUGUGACCCAUUUUCUGCAUUAUGGUUACUUAUCAGUUCGCGAAUAACAAUGAAGGAAAAAGGACACAUCGACGAUGCUCAAACAGCCACGGUAGAUGAGCACAUGAAACUGAUUUAUGAUGACAGAUCAGUCAUCGAUUCGAAUUUCAUCGACGUCACGCCAGAUGAUUUGCCUGAAUGGUUCGACGAGAAACUGUUCAAAAUGGGCCAGGCAUUUUACAUGGAAAAUUUGCUGGGACUCGUAACUGGAAACGUGUUAGGACUGUUGGCGAUAUUGGUUGUCCCAGACAUAACGGAGGUGCUCACGUUCACAAGGAAGAGUUCGACGAUCUCCUUAUCCUUCAAGCGAUACGCAAGAACAGCGUUCUACAUAUACAAUCUGUUCCGCACUGACAUGCUCAAGAAUGAAUCAAAGUGGUUCGAGAUGCUGAACAUAAUUCGACGAGCACACACAUCAGCCAGCAAUCGCCAUGUCGAUGAUGGACGUCAUGGGAUAUACAUGAAGGACAUGGCCAUCACGCAAUUCGGAUUCAUAGGGUACGUGUUCGCGUGUCCAGAAAAGAUCGGACUGAGUCACUGCACCAUCGAACAAAAAGCUGGUUUCAAUCAUUUCUGGCGCGUCACUAGCUACCUCCUGGGUAUACCUAAUCGGCUGAAUAUCUGUCGCAAAACGGUAGCGGAAACGACACAGUUGUGCAAAAGAAUAUCGCACGACAUUAUUAAGAAACAUUUGGAGACUAUUCUACCAGAUAGCGAACGAUUGGUAACAAAUGCGAUACAAGGGCUGUGGUACAUCGAUCCCUUCCUGAACAGUAACGGUAGCGUCGCUACCAUGUACAAAUUGGCUGGAGCAGAAUAUAAGAAGCCUCUCGGAUGGAUCUCCUGUUUAAACAUGAAGCUGCGCGAAUGGAAUUUUUAUCUCUACAGUGCUCCCUACAUCGGGGUAGCGGUCAGGGCUUAUUACAACUACUUCCUGGCGUUCCUUUUCUGGUCGAUGGAACACUAUCCUCUGCUGGCCAGGAUAGCGUUUGGGAAGGACAAAUCGAAUCUAUGCCUGUCUUCUAAUUGAUACAGUGAUAGAAACUCAUGUGAAAGAAUAAAUAUGCUGAUAAUGUGAAAAACGAGUUGAGUUAAAAAUCGAAUCUCCAUUGGGAUUAUGAACGAGGUAUGAUUCGAUGAUCAAAGAGGCACUGUGAUAGUAAUAAAAUAAAUGUAAUAAAUGUUUAACGAUACCGUUCGCUAGAGGUCGCUAGACAUCGAGUUCGAGUUCUCGAGAUUUAAGCGGAUGGAAUAUCACCAAUUCCCAUUUUUCACUUUUAUGUGAUUCUCUAUUUAUUUUUCCAUUACUUAUAUUCACGCUAUAGGUUUUUCGAUACUUUAUUUUUAUUAGCCGGUCCUAACCCAAUCUUGAAAAACUGGUGGAGGGGGGGGGGGGGCGGACGCCCGGAAUUCGAACCCAGGCUCUCAGCGUAGUAGUCGGGUACGCUACGUACUGUUUCACUGUCCGCCUCCCGCUACACACCGCGUAUUACUGAUAACCACUCGAUCAGCAGUUACCGAAAAUAAAUCGAAGACAAUAAUUAGAAAAUAAAAUAAAAAGUAUUGACAGAGCAAAAUAAGUUGAAUCUGGUGAAUGAUACUCGAAAAUAGGAAACGUGUGUAUUAUGCAGUUUUUUAAACAGAUUAUCAAGUCUUAUUGUAGCGUACACUUUAUGUAAUCUUACGCACAUAUCAAUUAAACGCUGUUUAAUUUCGUACUGA